UAAUUCGUGCUGUUACCUAACAUCCCCCUCCUCUUUCUUUGGUCUGUAAAGAUCCCUAAAGGUGGGGGUACCGGUAUUGCCAACGGCACAAAAGAGAGGGCGAACGAUCGGUGAUUUCCCUUUCCCUCGCUCUACACCACACGACGAAUCCAGCCUCAUGUGUUGUUACAUAGCAGACGUAACAGCCGGAUGCCAAGCCAACGAUCUAAACAAACACCAGUGAGCAGCUAACCGAGCCUAGGCUUCGCUGUGUUUAAAUCAGCAGCUCCAAGGCUGAGAGUCAGGUGCACAACUCCACCACUGGGCCCGGUACACCAGGAAUUUGCCUGCCAAUUUGACUUAAAUUUCAUAUCGCAAAUGGAACUGAAUGUGUGGGAAAGCGAAUACAAGGCAGUGCCGACCAGCCAACAGCCGGAGCUGACGAAAAAUGGGAAAGAUGAGGUGCUCACCGUAUCCUCGUCGUUCUCAUCGCAACCGGUGACUUACUCGUGGGAGAAUAUAACCGUCUUUCACGAAACUACGCCGGGCAACUGCCUCACGAGACUGUGCAAAAAAUCUCCGCCCAUUCAAAAGAAGAUAUUGGAUAAUGUCACGGGAAUUGUCCGUCCUGGCGAGUUUCUGGCCAUCAUGGGAGCGAGCGGAGCUGGUAAAACCACUCUGCUCAAUUGUCUGACUUUCAGAAACUCGGGCAAACUCAAAAUAUCGGGCGAGAGAUAUCUCAACGGUGCAAAAGUCAACAUAGAUACCCUAGCACGUAUUUCCGGUUACGUCCAACAAGAUGAUCUCUUCAUUUCAACCCUAACCGUCCAGGAACAUCUUCGUUUUCAGGCAUUGUUACGGAUGGAUAAACAUUUAACGUAUCAAGAACGUAUGAUUCGUGUAGAUGAAGUCAUGGGGGAACUAGGGCUUGGCAAAUGUUCUAAUGCCAGAAUCGGUCAUCCAGAAAGAGGAGUCAAAGGCAUUUCGGGAGGUGAGAGGAAACGACUGGCAUUCGCCUCGGAGGUUUUGACCAAUCCCUCGUUGAUGUUUUGUGACGAACCCACGUCUGGUCUCGAUUCUUACAUGGCACAAAACAUCGUUCAGGUAUUGAAAAAUAUUGCGUCAAAAGGCAAGACGGUGGUGUGCACGAUCCACCAACCUUCAUCGGAAGUGUUUGCCUUGUUCGAUCGAAUUCUUUUGAUGGCCGAAGGAAGAACGGCCUUCCUGGGACCCGUUGGCGAUGCUCUUUCUUUUUUCUCCGCCCAGGGAUUGCCUUGCCCACCCAACUACAAUCCUGCCGAUUAUUACAUCCACACUCUGGCCACGAUUCCUGGUCAGGAAGUGGAAUCCAAAAAGAAAAGCAGGGAGAUUUGUGAUGCUUACAAUUCGUCCGAGUCAGGAAAUUUGGUCCAAGAAAUGGUUAUUGCCAAUCGUUCAAUCAAAUCGUCCAGAUCGCAAGAACUUGAUCUCGAACCAGUAAAAAUUCAGCGUUCGCCUUAUAAAGCCUCGUGGUUUGCGCAGUUGAGGGCUGUCAUGUGGAGAUCUUUCCUGUCGAUCAGAAGGGAACCGGCAGUUUUGAAAGUCAAAGCAUUCCAGACUAUUUUCAUUGCAACUUUGAUUGCACUCAUCUUUCAAGGACAGACCCUUGAAUUCCAGAAUGUCCGAAACUACCAAGGAGCUCUCUUCGUGUUUCUUACCAACAUGACGUUCCAGAGUGUCUUUGGAGUCAUUAAUGAUAUUACUUUGGAACUGCCCGUUUUUCUAAGAGAACACUUCAACGGAAUGUAUCGAACUGACGUUUACUUUCUGUGCAAGACUACGGCCGAUAUCCCCGUCUACAUAUUUUUCCCUUUCCUUUUCGUUGCCAUUCCUUAUUACGCCAUAGGAUUGAAUCCCGAUGUAGGAAGGUUCUUUAUCGCCUGCGGUAUAGUCAUUCUCUUAGCCAACGUGGCCACAUCUUUCGGUUACAUGAUCUCUUGCCUGACCAGCUCCACCCGAGUUGCACUUGCACUAGGCCCACCAUUCAUCAUCCCGUUGCUGCUCUUUGGCGGUUUCUUUCUCCGCAAUGGUUCCGUGCCCGUCUACUUCGAUUGGCUUCGCUACAUCUCCUGGUUCAUGUACGCUAAUGAAGCUCUCUCAAUCAACCAGUGGAACGGAAUCAGUUUCAACGACACACGCUCUCCUUGUCCCAAUCACGUCUGUACGGAAGAAUACAUUUUGAAACAAUUCGACUUCAACCCGGACAAUUUCUAUCGCAACAUUGGCUGUCUCUUCGCCCUCAUAGUCGGAUUUCGGAUCCUUGCCUUCUCAGCAUUAUUGAAGAAAACCUAUCGCAAAAAUUAGCGGUCGAAUCUCGAAUCUCUCGCAAGCAAAUCUCGAUCAAAUUAUCAAACCAAAUCUCGUUCGUUUCAUGACAUCCCCCCUUGUAUACCAGCAGCGAGAACAUGUAUACCUUCAA